UAAAGAAGAGAGAGGACACACUUCUUUGGUGGACGUCUGUGCUUCAAGGAUUUGAAAAGAUUGUUCGGUUUUUUUUAACCGGAUCUUAAAAGUCCUCGUAUUUUUUCCCCCUGACUUGGUUAAUACUUACACGUAUGCACAACUGGAUUUUUUUGUUUUUUGUUUGUUUUUUGUCAAAAUGGAUGCGUUAGGAUAUUUGUUUUGGGAGGCCAACAUCAAACCGUAGAAGUACACUGAACUCACUGGCAUUUAUAAAAUUUUAAUUUUUUUCUCCCCAAGUUUUCAGCUUUUCCGGAUUUAUAAUCUGGUUUCUUCGUUGCUUCUUGCUGCUGUUGGUAUAGCAAGGUUCCCAAAAAAAAAAAAUAAUAAUAAUUGAAAAAGAAAAUGGCCUCUCCCUUUGCACCGGAGGGUUUGUACAACACUGGGAUUGCUGCGGACCCCACGGUCGGCUUCGCGGACGAGGACGAGAGCAGUGAAGCCGGGGUGUCGGGGUUCCGGGUGGUGAUGGCGGCGCUGUACCUGGUGGUGUGCGUGGUGGGGCUGGGCGGCAACGGCCUGGUGAUGGCGGCCACGCUGAAGCUGGACCGCCUGGGCAGCGCCGCCACCGUCUACAUCUUCAACCUGGCGCUGGCGGACGGGCUGUUCAUGGCGGGGCUGCCCUUCGUGGCGGUGCAGAACUUCCGCAGCAGCUGGCCGUUCGGCGAGGCCGCCUGCAAGGCCGUCAUGGCGCUGGACGGGGUCAACCAGUUCACCAGCGUCUUCUGCCUGACGGCCAUGAGCGUGGACCGCUGCCUGGCGCUGGGCCCGGGCGCGGGCCGCUGGGCGGGCUGGCGCACACCGCGGCGGGCCAAGGCGGUGGCGGCGUGCCUGUGGCUGCUCUCGCUGGCGCCCGUGCUGCCCAUGGCGCUGCGCUUCUCGGCCGCCAGCGGGCUGUGCACGGUGGAGCCGCCGCCCGCCGCCACCGCCGCCGCCGCCGAGGCCUGGUGGGUGGUCUUCCUCGCCUACACCUUCGUCCUGGGCUUCGCCCUGCCCUUCGCGGUCAUGACCGUGGCCUACGGCGCGCUGCUGGCCGCCCUGAGGCGGCGCCGGCGCGGUUGCCGCGGCGACGGCGGCGGGUGGGUCCGGAGCCCCGAGAGCCAGCGGCAGGAGCAGCAGGUGACCCGGAUGGUGGUGGCGGUGGUGCUGGCGUUCGCCGUCUGCUGGCUGCCCUUCUACGUGCUCAACUUCUGCGCCCUGACGCGGGUGGCUGACGCGCCCGCCGCCGCGCUAACCUUCGCCCGCGGCUUCGAGUUCGUGGUGCUGUUCUCCUACUCCUGGAGCUGCGCCAACCCCAUCCUCUACGCCUGCCUCUCCGAAACCUUCCGCGCGCACUUCCGCGCGCUCCUCUGCCCCAAGACCCUCCCGCCGCCGGAGGGUUGCCACGACGGCGACGUCGUCACCGAGGGAUACGACCUGCGGGACAGCACCGACGGGAGGAGCGAGGUGUAGCGGGGGUGAGUCUGCCCCCCCUCCCCCACCCACGACCUCCCCCCAAAAAGCCACAUCCUCCCCUAGCCAUGGGGACUCCCCCAGGAGUGAGGUGGGUCUCUGAAAGAAGUUCAUUAACCCCACCCCCACUAGGCUAUUGGACCAUCCAUUGUGUUUUCCCUGGUCUGAUGGUGCGGUUGUGAUUAUUAUGUAUG